ACACCACCCUCUUUCUCUGUCCCAACUUGUAAGUUAUCUUACACAAUACACACCACUUUCACCUUUCCUUCCCGUCGCCGGUUACCGGCAAAACAUGUUUUGACGGCGUAUCAAUUCCGUUCAAUCAUGCGGCGGUUCCGUACCCGAGAUCCGGUUUUUCUCUGCACUUCCAGAUGAUUCUGUCUCUGUAGCUGGAAAUUAGAUUAGGAAAAUCGCUGAUUUUCUGGUGUUGCCAGAAUUUCGAAUCUUUGUCGCUUAUUCAUUUAGUGUUGUGAAUCUAUAUUUCGUUUUCUCUUUUUCCUUUUUUUUAUCUGAGGUUAUGGUUUUCCAGUUGAUGUACCAAUAGGGUGAAGUUCUGUAAAGGGGCGAUUGGUUAGCAUAAGGUGAUUACAGAUUCCUAACUAAAGUUUCUAAAUUUGAUGGAAAGAAGACAUGGAUAGAAAUUGGUUGCGUGCCCUUGUUGGGAUUUACUUUGUGGGUAUAUGCUGCAUAUGAAGGGAUUGUCAAGAUUUUUUGUUGGGAUACACUGAAGAUUUGUUAACAUGGCGAAAAGAACAUGUUUGGAUUGUUCCUUGCUGGAAGAUGAAGAGAAAUUGGAUAGCCUUGUGAAUACUAGGGAUGGAGUGAAUGAUGGUUUUUCUAGAAUUGGACCAAAUGAUUCACUUCUUCCUGGUCUUGUCGAUGAUGUUGCACUGAAUUGUCUUGCUUGGGUUAGUAGAUCUGAUUAUGCUUCACUAGCAUGCAUAAAUAAAAGGUACAACUUGCUGAUUAGUAGCGGGUAUCUAUCUGGGUUGAGGAAGAAAUUGGGAAUUGUGGAGCUGGAGCAUUUGGUUUAUUUGGUUUGUGAUCCAAGAGGAUGGGAGGCAUUUGACCCCAAGAGAAAUAGAUGGAUAACAUUACCUAAGAUGCCUUGUGAUGAGUGUUUUAACCAUGCAGAUAAGGAGUCCUUGGCUGUGGGGAGUGAACUGUUGGUUUUUGGCCGGGAAUUGAUGGAUUUUGCCAUUUGGAAGUAUAGCUUGAUUUGUCGCGGUUGGGUGAAGUGCCAGGGGAUGAACCAACCUCGCUGCUUGUUUGGAUCUGGCAGUCGUGGUUCAAUUGCUAUUAUUGCUGGUGGAAGUGAUAAAUAUGGAAAUGUUCUACAAUCGGCGGAGUUGUAUGACUCUUCUUCUAGUACAUGGGAACUGUUACCAAACAUGCAUACGCCGCGUAGAUUGUGCUCUGGUUUUUUUAUGGAUGGCAAAUUCUACGUGAUUGGUGGCAUGUCAAGUCCUACUGUUUCAUUGACUUGUGGGGAGGAGUAUGAUCUUAAGACUAGAAAUUGGAGGAAAAUAGAGGGUAUGUAUCCAUAUGUUAAUGGGGCUGCUCAGGCUCCUCCACUUGUGGCGGUUGUGGAUAAUCAGUUGUAUGCCGUUGAGCAUCUAACCAACAUGGUGAAGAAAUAUGACAAGGAAAAGAACACUUGGAAUGAAUUGGGAAGGCUUCCAGUGCGGGCUGAUUCUUCUAAUGGAUGGGGGCUGGCUUUCAAGGCUUGUGGAGAGAAACUUUUGGUUGUGGGUGGACAAAGGGGUCCAGAAGGUGAAGCUAUUGUACUGAAUUCAUGGUCUCCUAAAACAGGGGUCGGGAAUGGAACCAUAGAUUGGCAGGUACUUGGUGUGAAGGAGCAUGUUGGGGUGUUUGUGUACAAUUGUGCUGUUAUGGGUUGGUCUGGUGAGAUGCUUUUAGAUUGACUCAACAGAAGAUUCUGGUAUCUACAAUCUGACUUAGCUUUGAAGGACGCUUCCGUGUUUACUAAGUUAAUUGUGGCUGGGAUAGCUUUCCAUUGAUAAGAAUUUGGGUUUCUUCUUUUAACAUGGUUUAUUUGGAUGUGUUUCUCACUUCGAUGAUCCAUAUUUUUAUUUGCUUUUGAGAUUACUGAGUAGGCUUACACAGAUAUGUUCUGUUAUCUUUUUCUUAUCCAACUAUGUAAACCAAUAAAUCAAGGAGUUUUAUUUUUUAAUGCUUCGAAGCUCAUUCUUCGCUGCUUUGGUCCUGUAAUGUAUGAAAUAUUUGUCAUAAAUUUUGUCCUGUAUUUAUGCCUUGUGGAAUAAUUUUUGUGUGCUGGGGGGAAGGGGGGUUGCUUAUCUUUCUAGAGUGUUUCAGAACUAAGUUUCUAUGGAAUAUGGGUUGUGGACUGUAGCUGAUGCACUCAGGAAAGUUGAAUGACGAAGAUUGUUCCCA